GCCUGUCGGUGAGUUGAGAUAUCCAAGUAAGACAAGAGGCGGACGGAACUGAUACUUGACUUGAGGAAGGAGCGGUGCCUACCUAGUUAACUAACCUCGACUCUCCAUCACCUCGACUCUACACCACCUAGACUCUACAUCACCUCGACACCCUUCCUUUUGUUGUUGCUGCCAAAAGUUAACCACAUCAGCCCUCCCACGUCGCGCACCUCUUUCUUUUAAGUUAUCAACGACCAAGAUGCCGCCUCAUUUGCCUAACGAAGUCCUCCUGGCAGUCAUCGGAACCCUACGCAGCUCCAAGUCGACCCUCGAGCGCCCCGCCCAAAACUGCGCCACCUUGUCCAAGCUUUGCCGCGUGUCCAGAGGUUUCCAGCAAGUGGCCGAGCCCUUUCUCUACGAGUCGAUCUUUCUCAGUGAUGAUAGACUCAGCGCUUUCGUGGUUACUAUUGAACACAGGCCCUACCUUGGAAGCUACGUCAAGGAGCUCGACAUUCCCGUUGGUGGACUGACAGGCCUCACUCGCUUCUGGCUUCGGAAGCGACUAGAAGAGCGGCAAGACUCUAUCGAUCAUAGUCCUUUCAGGCGCGCCAUUGGACUGGCUUUGAACAGUAAGCAGCUCAUGAGUGGUCGCGAUGCUGACCUCGAAGGCAUCUAUUUGCUGCUUCUGGCUAUGCUGCUUCCGGAGGUGGAGGUCGUGCAUUUCGCACCCAACACAGUGAUGAUGGAAUUUGUCGCCGAGGUGGACCGCUCAGGACCUUUUCCUCGUCUACAACAGGUCUAUGCUGAGGGUGUUGGGACUGAUGAAGAAGGCUUAAAAGAAGGUAUGCCAGCCCGUCUGUGCGAAGCCUUCCUCUCGCCGACAGUGCAGAUCUUUCACGGCUUUCAUGUCGAGUGGCUGAGGCAUAUCAAGUGGCGAGGAGCGGAACGCAUGUCGUUGAAGUCAGUACACCUCGGACGCUCGCUGUGCAAUGGAACAGGCGUGAAGGAUCUUCUCAGUCACUGUCCCGACCUUGAGAGAGUCAGCAUUAAAUGGGCAGGUACAUACCUCCAGCACGAUACCGAGAACAUCGACUUCCCCUUCUACGAUCAAAUUGGCGAGGCGCUAAGACGAUAUGGCCACAACCUUCGAGAGCUCGAGCUGGACUGUCUUGAGGAAAAUCACUAUAAUUGCGACUACCCUCGAACUAUUGAGGAACUGGAAGAAGAACGUAUCGGUUCGCUGCGGGAAAUGAUGCGGCUCAGAACGCUCCGGUUGCCCCUCGACCUGCUACUUGGGGAAGACGACUAUACACCUCAUCUGGAAGAGGAAGAUCAUGAGAUUGGGCCGCAGAUGCUGGCACUGACCCUCAGCGAUGUCUUGCCGAGCUCUUUGGAGAUACUGGAGCUGAUGAGCUGUCCAUGGAAUGGGAUAGAGCAUUUGCACACUCAGAUACAUGACUUGCUGGCAACCGGACAGAUGGCGAAUCUGCGUUCCAUCUUGGUAGAAAGACACCGAGGGGAGUUCCACCGCGACAUCGCCCACCUCGGCUGGAAUGCCAGCAUUAUUGAGGACUCCUAUACCAGUCUCCCGGACCUCAAGUGGGAGUGGAACACCUUGUUCAUCGCCAGGAAGGAAUGCUCUCGGAUCGCGUAAAAACAAGGUUGUUUCGCUACGGCUUCCUGAUCGAAAUUGGAACCGAUUCAGGUGUCGGAUUUUAGCCAAAGUUUUAUCAACUAAACUUAGCAGGGAACGGAAUAAGAUAAAUGGUUUCGGACCGCAUGUUCUCUGGCAAGCUGAGUCUUUGGGAUGUGAUGAUGGUGUCAAGGGAUUCACACAAUACUAGGCAAGCUUAGUAAAGAAUAUGCACUGUGAAGCGCCUUCAGAGGAGAAUGAUGGCAACAAUGAUU